GAGCGUGAAGCGGCGGCAUGUGGCGGAAGUUUGCGCUCUCACAUGAAAGAAGAAGCUAGCGGAGAGGAUUAAACUGAAACGUUUAUUAUUCAUACUUUCGGACCUGCCACUCAAACGGGAUGAGGUCUGGCAAAAAAUACGCAUAGUUGUGCUUGUUCGUUGGCACGACGCGUGGCAGAGAAGAAGAGCAAUGUCCCUGCCAGCAGCUGAGUUCGUGGACAAGAUAAAAACCUCCAGGCAGAAAUAAAGAUCAUCUGUGUCAUGAGUGAUGUUGCUUUCACUUCCUCUUUGGUUGAUCCUCCACACAGUGUGACCACAGCAGGCGGUGUGUAGGGGUUCAGACGCAGGCCCGUGUGCCUGGUCAUUUGGGUGUGUGCGUGUGUGUUUGUGGUUGUGUAUGUUUAUGAGUGAGUGGCAUAGCAGCAGUGGGUUGUAACGUGAUGCCAAGAUGCUGCUGUCCCUGGGAAUGCUGAUGUUGUCGGCCACACAGAUUUACACCAUCUUCACCGUUCAGCUCUUCGCCUUCCUCAACCUGCUGCCUGUGGAGGCUGACAUCGCUGCUUACUCUUUUGACAACAAAACAGAAAACUUUGAUGACCUUCCUGCACGGUUUGGCUAUCGGCUACCUGGCGAUGGACUGAAGGGCUUCCUGAUUGGAGCACGGCCAGAAAAUGCGUGCGAGCCCAUUGAGCCCCCUCCGAGGGAUAACUUGACGGGAGCGUUCAUCGUCCUCAUAAAACGCUUCGACUGCAACUUUGACAUCAAGGUCCUCAACGCGCAGAAAGCCGGAUACAAGGCGGCCAUUGUCCACAAUGUGGACUCUGAUGACUUAAUCAGCAUGGGCUCCAAUGACCUGGAUGUUAUGAAGCAGAUAGAUAUUCCCUCAGUGUUUGUGAGCGAGCUGACUGCCAACACUUUGAAAGUGGACUACACGUAUGACAAGGGGGGGCAUGUUGUCCUCAUGCCAGACUUCAGCCUGCCCCUGGAAUACUACCUGAUCCCCUUCCUCAUCAUCGUGGGAAUCUGUCUCAUCCUCAUUGUUGUUUUCAUGAUCACCAAGUUUGUCCAGGAUCGACACAGGGCUCGGAGGAGUCGCCUGCGCAAGGAUCAGCUUAAGAAACUUCCCAUCCACAAGUACAAGAAAGGGGACAACUAUGAUGUAUGCGCCAUCUGCCUGGACGAGUAUGAAGAAGGUGACAAGCUCAGAGUCCUGCCGUGUUCCCACGCCUACCACAGUAAGUGUGUGGACCCCUGGUUGACCAAAACUAAGAAGACCUGUCCAGUGUGCAAGCAGAAAGUGGUCCCCUCACAGGGGGACUCUGACUCGGAUUCAGAGGAAGGGGAGAGCAGCCCCGAGGAGAACGAGGAGGUUUCGGAGAGCACCCCUCUUUUGCGCUCUCUGGCCUCCACCAGCGCCCACUCCUUCGGUACCAUGUCAGCGGCGUCGCGCUCAGACCCCGAGCAAGAGUCCUCCGAGUACGAGGACGAUGAGCUGGACAGCAGCGACAGCGACGAAGAGGUCACCGUGGAAACUGUGGUAGUGCAGAUGCAGCAGCCGUGCUCUGAAGGCCAUGACCAGGAGGACGACCUGCCCCGAGCUUGACUGAUUGUUGGUUGGCUGAUCAACAAAGCCUGCCCCCCCGCCCCCCCCUCCCCCCUCUCGCAUACCUCACAGCCGCAGAGACUUUUGUUGGGGUUACCAAACAGAUUAAUCAUCUGAUUACUUCUUUCUCUCACCGCUUACAAGACGCAGUUAUAUAUCCACCAUCGUUUUAUUUUUAACAUGAUUAUGGACAUAUCGCUGAUGACACUGUCAUGAGCUGACCUGCUUGGCACAUUAGAAGGCACGGGUGAUGUACAGUAGACUGGUAUACUGUAACUAGUCAUAAACAGAGGAAAUAGAAGUUUAAUAAAAUGUGUAUAUAAAAAUUGAGAUCACAAUAAGUUACAUCUCUUUAGUUAUCUCCUGUUCUGUAUGUUUCAGAUGAUAGGGGACGUUUCAUUAUUGUACAUACAGUUACACUGACACACCAUGAACCGCUAUGCAGCAUCCUUUUUGUAAACUUACAUUAAGCAAGUAUAGAAACAUUUAAAGCCACAGCUAUAUGUUUUUUUUUGUUUUUUUUUGCCAAUUUAUUUCUAGCCUGAUGUAUGACGGAGCCUUUAGGUGCUCCUGUCUGUUCUGUGCCACAGUUUUUCUGUUACAAAAGAUGAUUCACUUUAAGACAAACUGAAGCGAAACCAGUUUGGGAAACACAUUCAAAGCAAAGAAUGUCAUUCUCUGUGAGACAGGUUAUGUUGUGACGCCAGUUUAAACGUGUGGGGAAGAAACACGGGUGAAAACUGUGUCCACACUGCCUGUGGUUAACUUCAUUUGGCUGCUCCAGACCUAUCACCUCUUCACACAGAUAUUGAUUGAUUGGCCUUCUAAUACACAUUUAGAACUUGACUUAAUCUCAUUUUAAUAUGGCUUAUAAUAACCAUUGACUUUUGUUUUCACAAUAUUGAAUGAUUUUUGUUCAUGAAACCUCUCGCCUUUUUUCAGUUGAUGUAUUUUGUCUUGUUUUCCUGCUCCUGUAUCUACUCUGAAUUCACUUCAAUAAAUGAAAAUUACACUCGACAAGGAAA